AUGCCGUGCGGACUCGGAGGUUCCAAAACUACCCAGAGGAAAUUGGUCUUAUUAGGGGAUGGUGCUUGCGGAAAAACAAGUUUACUAAACGUUUUACGAGAGGGUAGGUUUUGGAUUCUUAUGACAUAUUUCCCAACGGUAUACGAACCUACGGUUUUUGAGAACUAUGUUCAUGAUAUCUUCGUCGAUGGUACACAUAUCGAACUUUCUCUAUGGGAUACAGCCGGCCAAGAAGAAUUCGAUCGAUUGCGCUCGCUUUCCUACGAUGAUACGCACGCAAUAAUGCUUUGUUUCUCCGUCGACUCGAAAGAUUCCCUCGAAAACGUCGAGUCCAAAUGGGUAGGCGAAAUCGCCGAGAAUUGUCAAGGUGUCAAACUCGUUUUAGUCGCAUUGAAAUGUGAUUUGAGGGAACAAGGUGCAGACGAUGAAGCGGCAGAGGGAACAGAAGGUGCAGAACCGAGAGAAAAGAAACCAAUGAUUGACUACAAUCAAGGCUUGGAAGUAGCGAGGAGAAUCAAUGCGCUCAGAUAUUUGGAAUGCUCGGCGAUGAGGAAUAGAGGAGUUAACGAGGCGUUUACAGAGGCGGCUAGAGUCGCAUUGAGUGUCAAUCCAAAUGGGGGUGAUGGGGAUGGAAAGUGUGAUGUCAUGUAA